CCCCGCCCCACGUCGGUCGCGCGCGCCCGUUGCCGGGUUGACGUUCGGAGCUGCGGCUGUGGAGGAGACACGGUGUUAACGGUGGAGCGUCGACUCUGAGAUGCUGCCUGAUCCACUGAGCUCCUCCACCACAGUUUUUUGCUCAAGAAUCCAGCAUCUGCAGUCUCUGUGUGUCCGUGCUUGUGAAUCCUAGUUAUGCUGUAAUUUUUGCUCACCUACCAGUGGUUGUACAACAAUGUCUCUUGGCAGAUUCAUCUCUGGGUCCACGUAAGCGUAACACCGUGUCCGAAAGUAUGGAGGACACUUCUAACACCGAUGUUGAAGUCUCCUUGCAGCAGUUAGUUGGAAUUCCCAGGACCAUGGACUCUCCUAAUUCCACCAACCACCACAGCGAUCAACAGGCACCAACGGAAAACAUCAGCCGCAGUGAAGACGAGCAGAGGCGGCAGCUGGAGCGUUUGAGCCGAGAGGAGGCGUACUAUCAGUUCAUCAACGACCUGAGCGAAGAGGACUACCGGCUAAUGAGAGACAGCAAUUUACUUGGCACUCCUGGUGAAAUUACAGCAGAGGAACUGCAGCAGCGGCUGAAUGGAGCUAAAGAUCAAUUAACGACACAAAGCAGCCUUGGAAGUAAUGAGCAGAGUACUGAGAAUCAAGGCUCUGACUUGCCAGGAGAAAGCUCCAAUAGUGAUUCCCUGCUGGAGUGGCUGAACACAUUUCGACGCACAGGAAAUGCCACGCGCAGUGGACAAAGUGGGAACCAGACGUGGAGAGCGGUGAGUCGGACCAACCCCAACAGCGGUGAAUUCCGCUUCAGCCUCGAAAUCAACAUCAAUCACGAACACGAAGCGGUCAGUGGUCAGUCCAUGGAUACGUCCACACUGGAAGGUACAACGAAUAGGAACUUGGAAAAUGCUCAGCAACAAAGUGCGUCUCGUGUUUCAAGUCGUACCAGAAGUCGAACUCGAGCCCACAUCCAACCAGCCAUUGCGCGGACCAGUUCUGCCAGUAAUUUCGGAGCUGCGGUUAGAGUUGAGGAAGUAGAAAGCGUGGAAGUUACUCCACCUGUGGUCCAAAGGAAUAUGAGGAGCAGAACUAUUGAGAUCACAACCGGUAGGCAAAGGUCCAGGAGACAGAGUGCUAAUCAGCAAGCAGCUUUGAGCGUGGUUGGGGAGCGGAGAACAAGUAGGCGCAGAGCAGAAUGGCAGAACGUUAGAACAAUACAUGAAGAGGAGCAACAUGAUCGCAUUGCACUUGAGGACUUGGAGAGGCACGCCAUAGAAACCGCGAUAAAUGAGAAUGACUUUCAGGGACGACUGGAACAGCACAGAUCCUAUAGGAAUUUGCAGAACAGGCGCAGCCGAUCGCCCUUACGUAGAGAAAGCACCGCUGUAAAUCCUUCAGAUCCAACUGCAUCUCGGCGAGAUAACUACGUGGAUCGGAGACAGAGUACCAGGAGGCAACGGGGGACUGUAGACCAAUCCACGAUGACCACGGAAGAAAUGCAGGCUGCCAGUGGGAGUACCACGGUCCCACCGGCAGGUGGAGGCUUGCUGAGACAGGAGGCCGUGGAUGAAAGGGAGCGAAUUCAUUCCAGCGGAUUGUCUUCGGCCGUUCGAAGACAUCCCACCAUUAUGUUGGAUCUUCAGGUUAGAAGGAUACGUCCUGGAGAAAAUCGAGAUCGUGACAGCAUCGCUAACAGAACUCGAUCCCGAGUCCGAAUGGCAGAAAACACAGUGACUUUUGAAAGUGACAGUGGCGGUUUCCGGAGAACCAUCUCAAGAUCAGAACUUGCGGGUAUUAGAACUUAUGUUAGCACCAUUCGUAUACCUCUGCGUAGGAUAUCUGAGACUGGGCUUGGAGAGCCAUCGUCAAUAGCCUUGAGGUCAAUACUUCGUCAGAUUAUGACAGGAUUUGGUGAGCUGAGCUCCCUCAUGGAGAACGAUUCAGAUUCUGAACUUAACCAAAGAGUUCAGCCGAACCUAUCCGACAGCUUUGAUUCUGCAAACCUGCAGUCCAACCCAAAUCUAAACCUCUCUCAUUCAAGGAAUGAAUCAGCCGACAGAUUAACUGGAAACCAGUCGGCGAGGGUUCAGGGCCAAGAAAACCUGCAGAACGAUAACUUUGACCGCGCUGCUGAAAGCAUGGAGACGAGACAAAUUCGAGAUACGAACAGUUUGGUAGAAAACGGUACCCUGCCAAUAUUACGGCUUGCUCAUUUCUUUUUGCUGAAUGACGACGAUGAGGAAGAGAGGCAGAGGGGUCUAACCAAAGAACAAAUUGACAAUCUUAUGACUCGGAAUUACGGAAGUAUUAGUGCAGAGAAUGAAUUCAGUAAAACCUGCAGCGUGUGUAUUAACGAUUAUGCAGUUGGAAACAAGCUCAGACGCCUGCCUUGUGCACACGAGUUUCAUAUUCAUUGCAUUGAUCGCUGGCUUUCAGAAAACUCCACCUGUCCAAUUUGUCGACAGCCAAUCUUGGCAUCCAGUAAUUGAUCGAGGAGAGCUUUACUUGGGCUGCUUGUUCAUUUUGGAAAUUUCUAAGCACUAGAAACCGGACUUAUGGGAAUUUGUAAAACAAAGGUUAUAGAUUAUAUUAUAGAACCAUUAAAUACAUUCUUAUUGCUUCUUGCUGAAGCUUUAUUUUUUUAGAUUUUUUUUGUUGAGCUGAGCACUUUUGUCAUUGGAAUGAAUGGAGCUGAAGGAAGUGAGCCAACCUGAAGUAUAUUAUUGAACAUUAAUCAUAUACGUAGUACAUUGUAUUGUAGAUGCAAUUAUGAUUUAUGGUGUGCUCUUUUUGUUACAAGAUAACAGCGCAGACUAACAAAACAAUUGUCAUUCAGUCUGACUAAUGGUAUAAUGUAUCUGGCGAGCAGAAUUAAAUUGCUCAUAAUCUUUGAAUAUGAUAAAUAAAAUAAAACUUUACACACUGAAAA